AUGCGACGUGAAAAUAACCAACUUCGUGAAUACGUUGAUAAAUUGAUAAGAGAUUACAAAUCCGUUCAAAGAGACAUGCGUAAAUUGAAGAGUGAUUUCCGAGAUUUAGCUAAGAAAGUUCAUCAUAACGAAGCUGAAAUUGUAGACUCUGAAGUAAAGAAAAAUAAUAUUAGGAAAAUUUUGAAAGGGGCUAAAGUUAUUAAGCAGUCAGCACUAAAUAUGGAAAUAGUUCCGAAGAAAGUAAAAAAUGUUAAACAAAACAAUGCUCUUAGCCAAAUAGAUACAUUAAAUGAACACGCAAAAGAUCAAGAAGGAAAGGAAAACUUAGAGCCAGCUAUACCAUUUGGGAUUAGUGAUAUUGAUUACUGUACAGUAGAUUUUUUAAAAAAGGAUGACUGGAUAGUGGCUAAAUUUGCCACAAAAAAAAGUUUAAAGCACUUUGUAGGACGUGUUUUGUCGAUAAAAGAUAAUAUUCCUACUGUAAAAUUUGUUAGGAACGUGAAAAAUUUGAAAGAUAGUAAAGGGUUAAUUUUCACGUAUCCACAAGUUGACGAUAUAUAUGAAAUGCAGUUAGGUGAUGUGAUUAAAAGUAUUACCUCAACCAAACAUUUCCCGACGGGGCCAAAUAAUCUU